AUGAGAGGUGUGGGAUUACUUGGUGGCGAGGUAGGAUUACUCGGUGGCGAGGUAGGAUUACUUGGUGGCGAGGUAGGAUUACUCGGUGGCGAGGUAGGAUUACUCGGUGGCGAGGUAGGAUUACUUGGUGGCGUGGAGAGAGAAUCCGAGGGCGUGGUUGAUGGCAGAAUGGGAUUAACCGAUGGCGAGAUCGAUGGCGGGGUGAAAUUAUCCGAAGGCGGGGUGGAAUCAUCCAAAGGCGGGGUCAGUGGCGAGUGA